AUGGCUGACCAAGCCAAAUCACUUUUUUUUUCGCAAUUAAAAGCGAUGCUCAAAAGGAAUUUAUUAUUAAAGAAAAGGCAAAAAUUAAAAACCAUAGGUGAAAUUCUGUUCCCCUUAUACUUUCUUGGUCUUCUGGUUGUUAUUGAGUUAGUUUUGCCGGAUCCAAAUUUACCAGAAAUCAAUACUCCAAGAGGAGAAGAAUAUUUAUUUAAAUCUUUUAAUAAAGCUGAAUCUCACAAAAUAGCUUAUGCACCAAAUUCAACAAAAUACAGAGAAUUUGUCGACGAAGUAUCCGAAACAUGGAAAUCUAUUCGCAAUUCCAAAUCCAAUUUAGAAUGGGUCCCCUACAGUACAGAGGAAGAGGUCCAGAAUGCGUAUGAUCAAGAUCAUAAAUUUGCACCGAUAGCAGUGAUUUUUAAUAAUGGUUCCCCAAGUUAUAUGUCAUACUCACUAAGUUACCAGAUUCGUACAAAUCCCUAUUAUAUCAGUACUCCUAAUUCUAAUCAAAUUGGCUGGAGUAAACAAACUUGCAGAGGCGGUUCAAAUCCAAAUUCAAAUAUGGAAGACGGAAGUACCUGUCCAACUAAUACUUACUACUUCUCUGGAUUUUUGGCUCUUCAAACUUUACUAGAUUAUACGAAAAUACGUCUUGAUAAUCCAACUCAGAACAUACCAUAUAUAUCUUUGGAAAUAUGCCCAAAACCAGCCACAACUGUUGGUGAAUGGGCAAACGUGAUUCGCGUCCUAAUUCCAGUUUAUAUGGUAAUAGCUCUUUCUCAAUUCAUUACGUAUCUAAUCAUAUUGAUAGUUGGGGAAAAGGAGAAAAAGAUAAAGGAAGGAAUGAAACUUAUGGGAUUAAUGGACAAAGUGUUCUGGUUAUCAUGGCUUAUUAUCUACACAUUUUUCGUACUGUUUUUGGCUACAGUAAGCGUUUUGCUGUUAUAUGUCUUCAAGAUAUUUGUUCAUGUAAACCUCCUACUGAUCUUCAUCUUAAUGGUCCUCUAUGGUAUUUCCCUCAUUAUGUUUGCAUUUAUGUUAACACCAUUUUUCGACAAAGCAAGGACUGCUGGAGUGCUAAGUUCCUUUAUAUUGAUAAUAAUAAUGGUACUAUAUUUUGUCGAGCAGCUUGUCACCGGUAAACAUCCUGAAUUAAUAUGGGCACUGUCUCUUUUAAGUCCGGCUGGAUUUGCAGCAGCUCUUGAUAAGGUAGCAAUGUUAGACAUUGAGGGAAUGGGAUUAAAUUUUGAUAAUUUAUGGAAUAACCAUGGCUCAGGACUAUCUUUUGGUGGCACUUUGGUGAUGUUAUUGGUUGACAUAGUAUUGUAUGCUACAAUAGCCUACUAUCUUGACAAUGUAAUUCCAAGCGCAUAUGGUGUAAAGAGGUCACCAUUUUUCUUUCUGAUGCCAUCUUUUUGGGUAUCCAAACAUAAUCAGAUGCCUCCCAACCAACUUAACCCUGAAAGUUCUGCAGAUGUAGAGCCAGUGCCACGGCAAAUGCAAGAUCAAGAAGCGAUCAGAAUUACGAACUUGAAUAAAAGUUUCAGGAAUUGCCGAAAACCAACCGUUACUGCACUUGAUGGUAUAAAUUUGUCGAUAUAUAAAGGCCAAAUCACAGCAAUUUUGGGUCAUAAUGGUGCCGGAAAGACUACGCUGUUUAAUAUUUUGACUGGAUUGUCCUCACCUACUAGUGGGAGUGCUUUUGUUUUUGGCUAUGAUGUCAGAAACGCCAACGAUAUGGACAAAAUAAGAAGAAUGACAGGAGUUUGCCCGCAGCAUGAUAUCCUGUUCGACGAUCUAACGCCAAGAGAACACUUGGAAUUCUUUGCUGCUAUAAAAGGAAUACCGAAUAGAAAGUCCGCAAUCGACAAGAUAAUAAGAGAAAUAGAUUUAGUUGACAAAAUUGACACAGCGAGUAGAAGCUUAAGUGGGGGACAGAAAAGGAAACUAUCCAUUGGUAUUGCUCUCAUUGGUGAUCCAAAAAUUGUUAUACUUGAUGAACCAACGGCUGGUGUCGAUCCCAC